AUGUCGGUGAUGGUCUUGUUGGUUUGCAGCGUCAUGAGCAUCCAGGCUGAGGAGGAGGACAUCAUCAACGUGCUCAAGGAGGCCAUUCCCGCACUGGACGAGAUCGUUAGUCGGAUGAAAAGCUCCAAUGCGAGAGGAACGGAAGUGCGGAUGUUGAUCCAUCACUUGCAGGCCGGAGCCAUCAUCGGGAAGGGCGGGGCGCAGAUCAAAGAGCUCCGAGAGGAAACUGGGGCCAACAUGAAGAUUUACGGGGAAAACUGCCCGCAUUCGACAGACCGUGUGCUGCAGAUUGCUGGUGACCCGGACACAAUCGUCCGCUGUGUGCAGAAAUGCCUGGGGCUCCUGAAAGGCUGCACUUUAAUUUGCAAUUCCUGCUGCAACACGCCACCUGAUAUCGCCAUGUGUCGCGUGUCCACUCGCGUUGCCAUAGUGAUUGCAUGCACGCGUGCAAAAGCCUGCUGUCUGCUACUUGAUGUGAACCCCUCCGAAUUCGUGACACCCCUCUGGUUCCCGCUGCUGUGGCUACGGAAAGUUGACGGGGUUCUCUUCCUGCUUCUGGGUCUCGUUGGUGCACACUUAGUGCGGGCUUUGCCCCGCACGGGUCCGCGUGACAACCCGCCACUACUGUACCUAUAG